GCUGCCCAGCCCAGCCCAACCCAGCCCUUGUCCCCCUUUCCUGCAACAAGGGGCCUAUUCAUGGGUCUUGAGCAGAGUUCAUUGUCUUUGUGGCACGUGUCUGUGUGUGUUGGAGACAGGAAACAGGGAGGGGCCGUGUGUAAACCAGGGAGACCUCAUCUUCCAACCAAACUUGCUGGGCUAGCUUUAAUCAAUGCUGGCCUGAAAACAGGAGCAGAACUCUGCCUAGUAGACCCUGAGGCUUUACAACAGUGCCACUGACCCCUAUGAGCCUGAUGCUGGAUGACCAAGCCCCUGUGGAGGCCCAGUAUGCAGAGGAGGGCCCAGGACCUGGGAUCUUCAGAACAGAACCUGGAGACCAGCAGCAUCCCGUUUCUCAGGCGGGGCGCUGGUGCUCCUUGAGACGUGGCUGUGCAGUGCUGGGAGCCCUGGGGCUGCUGGCUGGUGUGGGUGUCGGCUCGUGGCUCCUAGUGCUAUAUCUGUGGCCGGCUGCCUCUCAGCCCAUUUCUGGGACCUUGCAAGAUGAGGAGAUAAGUUUGAGCUGCUCAGAGGAGAGCAGCGAGGAAGCUCUGCUGCCUGCACUUCCCGAAACAGUAUCUUUCAGAAUAAGCAGCAAAGACUUCUUGCUGGAAGUGCAAGUGAGGGAUUGGCCGCGCUGGCUCCUGGUCUGCCACGAGGGCUGGAGCCCUGCUCUGGGGCUGCAGAUCUGUUGGAGCCUUGGGCAUCUCAGACUCACUCACCACAAGGGAGUGAACCUAUCUGACAUCACACUCAACAGCUCCCAGGAGUUUGCUCAGCUCUCUCCUACACUGGAAGGCUUCCUGGAGGAGGCAUGGCAGCCCAGGAACAACUGCACUUCUGGUCGAGUUGUUUCCCUCAGAUGCUCUGAGUGUGGAGCAAGGCCCCUGGCUUCCCGGAUAGUUGGUGGGCAGGCUGUGGCUCCUGGGCGCUGGCCGUGGCAGGUCAUCGUGGCUCUGGGCUUCCGGCACACGUGCGGGGGUUCUGUGCUAGCGCCACACUGGGUGGUAACUGCUGCACAUUGUAUGCACAGUUUCAGGCUAUCCCGCCUGUCCAGCUGGCGGGUUCAUGCGGAGCUGGUCAGCCACAGUGCGGUCAGGUCCCACCAGGGGGCUGUGGUGGAGAGGAUUAUUUCACACCCACUCUACAGUGCCCAGAAUCAUGACUACGACAUCGCCCUCUUGCGGCUCCGGACCCCUCUCAACUUCUCAGACACCGUGGGUGCUGUGUGCCUGCCAGCCAAGGAGCAGCAUUUUCCAAAGGGCUCGCAGUGCUGGGUGUCUGGCUGGGGCCACACCGAUCCCAGCCAUACUUACAGCUCGGACAUGCUUCAGGACACAGUGGUGCCCCUGCUCAGCACUCAGCUCUGCAACAGCUCUUGCAUGUACAGUGGAGCCCUCACGCCCCGCAUGCUUUGUGCUGGCUACCUGGAUGGAAGAGCCGAUGCAUGCCAGGGGGAUAGCGGGGGCCCCUUGGUGUGCCCAGAUGGGGACACAUGGCGCCUGGUGGGGGUGGUCAGCUGGGGUCGUGGCUGCGCAGAGCCCAAUCACCCAGGUGUCUACGCCAAGGUAGCUGAGUUUCUGGACUGGAUCCAUGACACUGCUCAGGACUCCCUCCUCUGAGUCCUGCUGUUUCCUCCAGUCUCACUGCAUACUGUCGCCUCAUGCUUCCUGGGGUCUCCAGCAGCUCCACUACUAGAGAGGCAGCAGCCUCCGACCCCGAAGGCAUGGACCUCCCACACUACUGCGUGCGAGGAACAGUCGCCACCCAUCGGCCAGCCACCCAGUCGCCGGGCCUCUCCUCUUGGGCCCUGAUUUCAGAGUCCUCUUUCUCAUUAGAAACUCAAUGACAGGAGAGAGGCUGGGGCUGGGUUGGGAAUGCUGUGGUUGCUGAGGGCUGAGGGGGAGGAGGAAAGAGGAAGGAGCUGGAGAAGAAGAGGCUGCUGGAAGCAGCAGGAAGCCUGCCCUUCUGCCCUCUCUUCUCCCAGCCCCUGUGUGAGUCAUUCGGGAGAGUGCUGGGAGGUGCUCCCAGUCCUGUUUUUCCCUGUGCUCUCAGGUGCGCUAAGUGCCUCCCUAGAGGAUUCUAUGGCUGAGAGGCUCCUGGGCAGAUGGGGUCAAGUCUGGGCCAGCCCAGAUGAAGCCAGUGGGAGGCAGGAUCCUCUCCAUUCUCUCUCUCCACUCACCUUCCUGUUCUCACGUGGCUCUGGCUGGCCCUGUAUGGGGUGGGGGCACUGGAAAACAAGAAGGUUGGAGUUGGUCUAGGAUGUUGGUUUUAAAUGACAGUUCUGUGAACUGGUCCAAGGAGUUCUGUUAUUAAAAUGAUAUAUGGUCUCGGUC